CAUGGGGUCGCAGAGAGUCGGACACGACGGAGUGACUGAACUGAACAGAACUGAUAAGAGCAAACAGCUUUGAGCUUAGACGUACAAAGUGAGUCCUGAGUGAGUCCCUUCACCUGCCUUUAGGUGCCGCUGCUCUCCUGAAUUGCCAGGUACUCGGUUUACGCAGGCGCAUUACCCUCGUCGUGCGCCCACGCCGAGCUCUGCCAAGUGCGCUUGCGCAUAAACUUGGCGGGAACAGUGCUGUCGCGGUAGAACGCCAGUCGAAGGAUGGCUGUGAGGGAGGCGGCGGCAGGCCUUUCCGGGCCCGGGAGGGACGAAGAGGCGGCGCUGCUCUUCGAGAACGCCCAUUACCGGCACGAUUCGCGCUGGCUGCUGCCCGUGUCCCCACGCUGCUGCCUGGCCUGCGCGCUGGAGCUGCUGCCGGAGCCCGGCGUGUCGUUGGUGCGCAAGAAGCACGUGCUGUCCGGCUUCCUAGAUGCUCUCAUGAAGCAUGCCUCCCUGGUUGUGCAGCUGGUGGCUCAGGAUCAGAGAGUCUGUAUCCACUUCGUAAGCAUGCUUUUCGGACUGUUAUGUAAUGUAGAGGAUGGGAGCAUAACAGACCUCUGUAUUGAAGUCCUUAUCCAGCUUACUACUCAGCUGAAGUUAGAGCAGACCAUUCAUUGCCUUCUGGAUGAAUGUCACAAAGAGCUGUGUAGCAUGCCCUCCAUGCGAGGCAGCCUGGCCACCCUGACCCUUCUUGGCAAGUUGGUAGAUGCUGUCCCUGCUCUGGCAGACAAACUUGUGAUGGAACAUGGUGACCUGAUGGAGCAUCUGUUGAGAGGUUUAGUGUACCCCAAUGAGGGGGUGCAGGCUUCUGUCUGCUACCUUUAUGGGAAGCUGUACUCCUCCCCAGUUGCUGCUGAGAUGCUUUUGGGCCAUUUCCGGGAGAAGCUGUGUCCUCUCUUCCUUUCCACCAUGAAUGGUGCCCAGACAAAGGAGCUACAGAUCAACUGCUUGGGUUUGCUAAAGCAGCUGCUGAAGUAUGAUCUCUUUGUGUCCAUGCUCAUGAACAAGUCUGCGCUGGUGAAAAGUGCUGAGAGUGUUGAGGGGCCACCAGGAGAGACCCCACUGCCUUUGGUGCUCAAAAAGCUUCUUCUCUCCAGAGAUGAGACUCUGCAGGUGGCCAGUGCCCAAUGUAUAACUGCAGUAUUAGUCCACUCACCAGCGAAGCACGCCCUGGCCUUCAUCCACGCUGACAUCCCAGAGUUCCUCUUUGAGCAUCUUUCCUCUUCCAGUGAAGUGCUCGUCUGGUCCUGCUACAACUGUUUGAUACUCCUGGCAGAAGAGCCACUCUUCUUUUCCAAGUGCCACACGGUGUAUGGGAUCGAGUCGGUGGUGAGGAGCCUACAGGGAAACCUGAGGAUGAACAACACCGAGCUGCACAAGCAAGGCCUGCUGCUCUUUGCUGAGAUCCUGACUCGGCAGCCAGAAGAGAUCAAGCUGUUCACAAGCUCAGCCAUGUGCAGAGAUGCUGGCCGUGCCCUCCGAGAGGCAGUGAGCAGCCCUGUGCUGGAGGUGGCUGCUGAGUCUCUGAAGGCCAUUUCUGCCUUUCUGAGGAAGGAUCAUCAGAGUGCGCUGCCUGUGCUGUACAAGGAGCUGCAGGGCUUGGUCAAAGCCAUGCUGAGCCGGUGUGCAGAUCUGUCCCAGACGCCGCUGAACUGGAGGCCCCUGGGCCAUGCCUCCAACAGAAAUUCGGAGAGGGCCAUUCUUCGAAGAGGGAAGUUCCUCUUGAACACUCUGGAGGGAUUUAGAAAUGCCUGCAGGUUGGCUAUGGAAUUCCAGAGGGAGCCUUCAGCCCAGGAGAAUCCAUUCACAGCUCCCAGUGCUGAGAAAGAAGACACCUUGGAGGCCUUCUCAGAAUUUCUCCUCAGUGCCUGUGACUCCCUGUGUAUCCCCAUGGUGAUGAGGUACUGGGAGCAGGCCACUCACCCAGCCGUGAUGGAGGUUUUCCUCUCGGUUCUGCACAGCCUUUUUGUCAUCGUCCCUCACAUGAAGGAGAAAUUCUCCAAGAAGCUUGCUGCCUCAUCCUUCAUACGACUGGCCCUGGAACUGAAGGCUAGGUUCUGCAGUGGCCUGAGUCACUCAGCCCUGAACCAGGUGUGUUCCAGUUUCCUGUACUACAUGUGCAUCAGCCUCUUCUCAGCUCCAGAGAAAUCAGGACCACCUUCCCAAGAAGCUACCCAGAAGAACCAUGGAAUCAUGGAACGAUGGAACUAUAAGCUGCUUCCUAGGGAGGGAGAGCUCUCUGCAGUGUCUGAGCUCCUGCAGCAUGGGCUGCCCCAGAUAAGCAGCAGGGGCCCUGAAAGCCUUGCUCUCCUGUCGGAUCGCCAGUAUGUGGAGGAAGCUGUUCGCCAGAGACAGUACUGCAUCCUGCUCCUCUUCUACCUGGCCUACAUUCACGAGGACAGGUUUGUCUCAAAGACGAAGUUAUUCAUGGCUGUGCAAAGCUUCCUCCUAUCUCUGCAGGACCAGGGUGAACGCCCUCCACUCGUGGUCUUCAGAGCUUCUAUCUAUCUGCUUGCAAUCUGCCAGGACAAAGAUGGUGCCUUAGAUGAGGCUGUGGUUGGUGCCAUCAGAAAAUUCCUAGAGGACACCCCAGACCUGCACCGAGUCUACACCCACCAUCCGCUCCUGCUCAGGUUGUUCCUGCUGCAUCCAGAGCUGAUGAGGAGGUUUGGGCACUGUGUCCUGGAACUUUGGUUCUCCUGGGAAGAGCGCAGCUGUGAGGAGCUGGACGGUGUCCCAUCUGCUGGGCAUCCCACCCUUCCCGCCAGCGUAGCAGCCCUGUUUCACAUACUUAGGAGCAGCCCCAGCAUCCUACUCAUUUUGCUAGACCUCAUCUGUUCCAGUCCCAUGGACAUAGCCCGCAAGGUACUGAUUGUCCUGAAGACCUUUCUGAGGAGGAAUGAAGAUGUCCAAGUGGGCGGUCUCAUCCGAGGCCACUUCCUGAUGAUCCUACAGCAUCUGCUGGUGGAGCAUGGGUCCUCCCCCUCAGGAGCCUCUGGGAACCUGCCUUUGCUGUUGAACCUCCUCUCCUUAGUGCAGCUGAGGAACGAGUCAGAGCAAGAACUGGACAGCAUGGCCAUGAAGCUGCUUCACCAAGUGAGCAAGCUGUGUGGGACAUGCAGCCCCGCUGACUCAGACAUCCUUCAGCCCUCCUUCAACUUCCUGUACUGCAGCCUUCACCAGACCACACUGGGCAGUCAGAGAAGAGCCGCUGCAGUGCUUCUGAGCAGCACGGCCCUGAUAGAGCUUCUGGAGAAGAUGCUGGCGCUGACCUGGGCUGAGGAGGGCUCUCCCAGGACCGGGCUCCUCUGCUCCGCCUGGCUGCUCACUGCCUCCUUGUCUGCCCAGCAGCACAAAGGCAGUCUUCAGGUUCAUCAGACAUUGUCCGUGGAACUGGACCAAGUACUGAAGGCCCUCAGCGUCCCGAAGAAAAAGGCUGCACUGCUGUCAGCUGCCAUCUUACGUUUCCUGUGGACAGCCCUGCAACAAAACUUCUCCUCUGCCCUGGUUGCCCUACUGCCCUCAGGGGCCCAGUCACCGCCAGCCCCUGAGGACACUGUCCUAGCUCCACUGGGAACAUCACAAGUGCUGUCCCUGGUCAUCGGACUGCAGAACCUCCUGGUGCAGAAGGACCCUCUGUUGUCCCACGCCUGUGUUGGCUGCCUGGAGGCCUUGCUUGACUAUGUGCAUGCCCGGAGCCCAGACGUCGCCCUCCAUGUGGCCUGCCAGCCCUGGAAUCGGUUUUUGAUGUUUACUCUCUUGGAAGCUGGAGAGAAUUCCUUCCUCAAACCUGAAAUCUUGAGACUUAUGACCCUGUUUGUGCGGUUCCGGAGCAGCAGCAUCCUCUCCCAGGAGGUGGGUCAUGUUCUGCAAGGCGCAGCUUCGACCGACCUCUCUACCCUCCCUGGCUCCACACUCCAGGCACUGCAUGGCUUCUUCCUGCAGGUCCAGAGCAUGGGCCUCUUGACUGACCACAGCAUGGCCCAGACCCUGCAGGCCUCCUUGGAGAGUCUUUCCCCCAGGGCCUCCCUGGCCCAGCCACCCCUACAGGACAUGCUCUGCCUGGGAGAGGUGUCUGUAUCCCUGUCCCACAUCAGAGACUGACUCUCUGGCCGGAUGCCUAGAAGCAGAGAGAACUGAGACCCGGAGAAGACAAAGUCAGGGCACAGUGGUUUGGGGGAAAUGGGUGAGAACUGCAGCCAUUCAUCUGGGGCCAUUUACUCCGUCACUGGAACAGAAUCAGGAAAUAAAGUGAAACACUCAGAUGCCUGUGUGGGCUCUCCAAA